CUGGCCGUUUAAACUGUGUGUAGCAGAGCUGUCCUCAUCAGUACCUAAGUUCAGUCGAGAGCCGGUGGCCGACAAGUGAGCACGUUGUGCAGCGACACAUACAAUGAUGGCCACUCAAAUCCAGCAUUGAAGGCACAUCAUCACAAUGGCUCAGGUCACGGUACUUGCUCUCUGGAUGUUUGCUUUCGGCUUCAGUUUCGCCUUCAAUGGAGACAGCUUUGAACAGGAAUGUCCGGACGAAUGCGACUGCCACUACUUCAGGAUUAACUGGGUGACUGACUGUUCGGAGAGCAACCUCACAGAAAUCCCAUACGAUGAGCUGAGUCUUAGCGUGUACAUCUUGGACUUGAAUGGCAAUAACAUCACGAGCCUCAAGCCCUUCCCUGGAGAUAUCAAGAUGAGAAGACUGCAGAUAGCCAACAAUCACCUUACAAGGAUUGAUAAAGAAGCUUUCAAAGGAUUAGAAUACCUGAUAGACGUCGAUCUGUCAGGGAAUAACAUCAGCUACGUUGACCCUGAAGCCUUUCUGGAUGCUCGAGGUCUCCUGAAUGUCGAACUGCAAGACAAUCCAUUGACCAACGUUGGAGGACCUUUUUUGGCCUCCUCUACGCUACAGUAUUUGGAUAUCAGUUUUUGCAAUCUAUCAUCGAUAAAUUCACAAUUCUUCGACAACAUCACAACAUUGACAACAUUAGACCUUUCAGGAAAUCCUCUUAAGUCCCUAGAAGCGGGAAUUUUUGAUGUGCUGACCAGCCUGGAGACGCUGAAACUUAAUGAUUGUAAACUCACUUCUAUUUCUGAAAACGCUUUCUCCUCUGCCACCAACAUAAAAUAUUUAGAAUUAUCUGGUAAUAACUUAAUCAAUGCAGACUGGCCAGAGAUCCUCGGCAAACUGCUUCGACUAGAGUACCUGAACUUGAAGAAAUCAGGGCUGACAUCACUGUCUGAAGACACUUUCUCUAAUUGCACUAAUUUGGUUACACUUAUCCUGGCUGAUAACGAGUUACGAGACUUGGAUGUCGCAGCCACCUUGGGUAGCAGCGUUACUCAUUUAGAAUUGUUGGAUUUCUCUAACUGUAACAUACAAGGCCCUGUGUCUGGAGAAACAUUCACAAAUGCUACCAGAUUGAAAACUUUAUAUUUGUCUGGCAACCCAUUAGUUGCAGCAGACUUGCAAGCAGCGUUGGAACCGUUAACAAAACUUGAACGAUUAUUCUUAAGUCACUGUGGCCUUCGAGAUUUGCCAGAUAACUUUAAUGUUUUCGAUAACCUACUUGAACUUGACAUAUCCCAUAAUCCACUGGAAAACGUUUUCACAAAGUUAUUAGCACCACUCGAGAAGUUGGAAUAUCUCAAUAUGGGCUACAGUAACCUUUCCUAUAUCGGACCAGAUACAUUCGCCAAAAUGACGUCGAUGAGAAGAUUAGUACUAUCUGGAAACGAUCUCUUAUCUCUAGAAGCAGGACUUUUUGGUAAUUUGACUCAACUUACUACAAUAGAACUGGAGUUCUGUGGCCUGAAACGACCUUUGAACGGAUUAGCUUUCUUCAAAAAUCUUACAUACAUGGACUUACGCGAGAUACGUCUUGGAGGAAAUCCUUUAGUCAUUCCUGCGUCAGGACCAAUAUUUCCGAAACAGCUAUCUCAAGUUUCAAUCCUCGAUCUUAGUAACUGUAAUAUAUCUGCACUGAACGCGGACGCCUUCAAGAACACAGAAAAUAUAACUGAGCUCAAUCUCGGUGGAAACCGCAUCAGAUCUACAACGGGAAGCUUGUCCUUCUUAGAACGUCUACAUCACUUGGAAAAGUUGAACCUUGGAAGUAAUAACUUGACCACAAUAGAUCCUGAAGUAUUCAGCAACAAUCCCAAGUUACAUUUACUCAACCUGCUGGACAACCCGUUUGUGUGUGACUGUAAGAUCGCAGAGAUGUGGGACUGGGCUAAUAUGAUAAAAGGCGAUCUCGAUGUUCUGGUUGGGGCAAAGAGUGCUGAAAAAGACAUCGUGGUCAAAGGAAAUAAAAAGAAGAAGAACCUAUAUUGUCGAUACAACGAAACUCAGCUCCGGAACAUGACCACGAUGGUGAACAAGACGGUGCCGGGCAGGAGGCCAUUCGCUAAACCUAGAGAAUUAACAUUUGCUAAUAGAACAUGGGCGAAGUAUGUGAGGGAAUCUGGGUGUGAGCCGGUUGUGAAAAUUCUUCGACCGGUAGCUUUAGUCGGUGAACAAUAUGAUUACAGCUAUAGUAGUCAAAUUUCCACAGGAGUCGCAGUUGUAGCCGUUAUGGCUUUGAGCUUAGGAGUUGCUACGGUCCUCAUGACGAUCAAACUGUUUAGAAGGAAGAACAUAGUCGAAUCGGAUUCUGAGACCAAUAGAAAGGUUAGAUAGCGGGCAAUGGAGUCCGAGUGCCAGCUGCCAGUGUAUCGUCAGUCGCCACCGACUUAGUCCUUCGGAAACAUUGUUCCAUUUAUUCUUGUAUUUACUCUCGUCUGUAGUUCUAAUAGUUUGUCGAGAAGUUAAAGAUUUAGAAGUUUCGAAUUUAUAAUACGGUCACAUUGGUCACUUAUUUAUGUUAUUUUACUAGUCACAUCGCUUCGAUUGAGGUCAUGAUUCUCAUACGGUUUGUGAAGUUAUAGCUUAUGUUAAGUACCUAUCAGUAUUGAAUUAAUAAAAAUAUAGAUUCCUAA